UCAAAAAUAUGUUGAUUAUUUUAUUCUACAAGGUUUAGAUGAACAGCGCUUGACAGAUUUGAUACAAGCUGUUGAAUUAAUUUAUGUGAAUAAAACAAUGAGUAAUGUUAUUGAGAAAACUGUCGAAGAAUUUUAUGCACAUCAUUCAUUUCAAACAUUUAUAAGAGCGUGUUUAAUACCCAUGAUGUAUCUAUUAAAACGACAACAAAAUUUAGAUUUAAUUGUAAAUAAUAUUGUUCUUGAACUAAUGGAUACUACUAAUGGAUUGAAUCAAGAUAUACUAAAAAAUGUUCGUACAUUGACCGCUCUAUGUCAUCCAAUUGACAGAGAUGCAUUGAAACAUCAAUUAUUACGUUUAUCCAAUGAUGAAUAUCGACAAUUUUAUCGUGAUACAAGUGAAUCAACAAGAUCGUUAAAACAAAUAUUAUUCGAAGCCAUUCGAGAUGGUAAUAUGACUGAUUAUUUUCGAAUUUAUUCAGAAUUUAUUGAGAUUUGUAAAUAUCGAACACAAUUAACAAGAAUUGAUGUUUAUGGUUCGUCAAGUAAAGAAUUAUUUAGUCUUCAAGGAAAAUUACCACAAAGUUCUGGAAAAAGUACAUUACUCAAUUAUAUGUUUGGUACAUUGUUCGAUGUUCGAGAAGGACAAUGUAUUUAUGAUACUUAUGAUUCGGUAGUAAAAGCAAAUUCAUCUGAUUUUGAUUAUAUAUUAUUGAUCGAUAGUGGUGGUUUAUUAUCAAUUGAAAGAGGAGAUCGAGAAUAUGAUUGA